AUGACCAAUACAAGUGCUGAAUUGUCUCAGGGAAAUAAUGGCGGUGCUUCUAUUCCUCCUCCUAGUCCCCAGUCUGGACCUCCAGAGCACCAGCCUUCUCGUGGUUCCUGCAACAAUGCGAUUUUCAAGAGUGGGCCGCUUUUCAUAUCUUCCAAAGGAAUUGGAUGGACAUCCUGGAAGAAAAGGUGGUUUAUUUUAACACAAACUUCACUUGUUUUCUUCAGAAGUGAUCCGAAUGCCGUCCCUCUAAAGGGAAAUGAAGUGAAUUUGACCCUGGGAGGCAUUGACCUCAACAAUUCAGGCAGCGUCAUUGUUAAAGCAGAUAAGAAACUUUUGACUGUACAAUUUCCCGAUGGUCAUGAUGGACGAGCAUUCACACUCAAGGCUGAAACUACGGACGACUUGUACGAGUGGAAGAUUGCACUCGAGAAAGCUUUGGCACAAGCACCAAGUGCUGCCAAUGCGUCGGAGCAAAAUGGUAUCUUUAGGAAUGAUCAGACUGAUCCAAUUGAUAUUUCUUUGGACCAGUUGAAGGAUAGAGAACCAGCCAAAUCUACGGUAAUUGGCAGACCGAUUUUACUUGCAUUGGAGGAUGCUGAUGGAACUCCAUCGUUUUUGGAGAAAGCGCUGAAAUUCAUGGAAGAGCAUGGAGCUAGUGUAGAAGGGAUCUUGCGUCAAGCAGCUGAUGUUGAUGAUGUUGAACGUCGUGUUCGGGAAUAUGAACAAGGAAAAACUGAGUUUGCUCCAGAUGAAGAUGCACAUGUCAUUGGCGAUUGUAUUAAGCAUGUUAUUCGGGGAUUGCCAUCUUCUCCGGUCCCUGCAUCUUGCUGUAAGGCACUGUUAGAAGCUUGCCGAACUGAACGUGGUGUUAGAGUUGCUUCUAUGCGCGCAGCAAUAAAUGACACUUUCCCUGAACCAAAUCGCCGCCUAUUACAAAGAAUACUGCUGAUGAUGCAAACUGUGGCUUCACAAAAAGCUGUAAACAGAAUGAGUUCCUCAGCUGUGGCAGCUUGCAUGGCACCAUUACUUCUUCGUCCCCUUCUAGCCGGAGAGUGUGAGAUCGACAACGAUUUUGAUGUAGGUGGUGAUGGUUCUGUUCAACUUCUACAAGCAGCUGCUGCUGCUAACCAUGCCCAAGCAAUUGUUAUAACCUUAUUAGAAGAAUAUACCAGCAUAUUCGGGGAAGCUUCCGUGUCCCCUGAUAUAUACACCGACUCAGAAGAGAGUGGAUCUGAGAGUGAGGAAGGUACUGAUGAUGAUCUAUCCUAUGAUGAUGAUGAUGAUGAUGAUGAUGAUUAUGAUGAUGAUGAAUCAAUGCAAGAAUCUGAUGAAGAAGAUCUUGUCAGCGAAUCCUACACUGAAACUGGAGAUUCUGAGGCUGACGAUUACGAUGACAAGGAUCAUGAUCACUCUCAUUCAAGUUCAAAAUCCUCAGAUGCGAGUGAUGAUGCUAAAGUCAAUCAAAUGAAAACAAAGUCACGUGAAGGCUCACCGACUGAACAUGAAAAUGCCAGAAGUAUUGAAAAUCUCACGAGUCCAAAGAAUGCAGCUAAUGCAGAUAAAACCAAUAAGCCUGUUGAAACUUCCACUGAUGUAGCCGGUAUGCAUAAUUCAUAUUCUCCUAGCCAAUCACAUAUGCAAAAAUCUGCAACCAUGUCCAAUGGCCCAGCACCGCGGCACCGAAACAUGUUGGGGCGAACCUCUGCAAGGAAGAACUUAUCUAUGGAAUCCAUUGACUUUCCUCUUGAAGAGGAUGAUGAAAUUGAAAAGCUCGAAGCUGCUAAGACAGAACUACAAAGCCAAAUUGCAGACGAGGUGAAGGAAAAUGAAAAGCUGCAAUCAAAGAUAGACGAACGAAAGAAAGACUUGCAAGAGCGGCGUUUGGCACUUGAGCAAGAUGUGGCUAAACUACAAGAACAGUUACACAAGGAGAAGAGUUCUCGGGCAACUCUUGAGACCAGGAUAGAACUUCAGGAAUUAGCUUUGGUAGAAGUGGAUCUUUCCAACUUAGAGCGGAUGGUUGAGGAGCUUGGGCAGCGGCUUAAUGUUAAAGUCGAGCGUAAGUAUCGAUCUACUUCAAAUGUCAGGAAGACAUCCCGGCAGUUAUCAAAUCAAGAAAGAAAAAUGAAACAUAAGGGAGAUUCUGAAGUUGCUGGGACAUCACAUUAUGAAAGGUCACUAAGUAAGGACUCUUAUCUUAGUGGAGGAGAAAGUGAUUCUGAGAGAAAGCCAGAGUCGACACCUUUACAAAACAAACAGCCACCAACUUCCAAGAGAACUAGUUCAAGGGGUGAGGGAGCAAAUACUUCUGCACUCACAAAACUGACAUCCAGGCUGAACUUUUUGAAGGUGGGCCGUAGUCAAGCUGUAAAUGAACUUCAAAACGCGGAUAGAGGCCGAGACUCGAGUCACUCUUCGCGCAAUCAAGAUAAAGGAAAAGGAUCCGAACGUCACCAAACACUUCCUUCCCCGAGACCGAACCCAGAAAAAGGUAAAGUCAUGGACAAUUCCAAGUCACUCACAGAAAAAAGAUCGAGCAAAGGUAAAUCACAUCAAAGUUCAGAGAAACUAAGAAAGUCAGAUAGUCAGCCAGGCUACCACUCAGAAGGAUGGGAUCAACAUCCAACUUACUUAGAAAGAGGAAGGUCCGAAGGGCAUCAUCAGUCUUUUAACGUGGAUAAAGGUCGAUGA